AUGACAAAACACUGGGGGGGCAGCAACCUCCUGCAUGGGCAACCUACCCUCGCCUACCUGCCCUCGCCCUGCUACAGCCCCGGAACCGUCUCUGAACUUCAACUUGAGUGGCCACCACCACCGCCCCAGCACCACCACAACUCCAGCUCGGCGCACAUUGACUACUUCAGAGCUGCCGUCGCGGCCAGGUACAUUUUUGGGUUGAAUUCCCCUCCUCCGUGGACCGCUUAUGGUAGACCCUGGCCGGCGGUUCUCCGGCCAGCGAAGGCAGCGGAAUCUAAAUCCAUCAUGGACAAGAUCUUGCAGCAGGAAACCAACACCAAUAUGACCGUCCCAGUCCAUCAGAACAAGGGCGCACCCGAAAAAGAGAUGCGUAAGAACGGGUACGAGGCAAAUGGACAUAGCGAGGACGAGGAUAAGAAAUGGGUAGAGGACAGAAGCGGAAAAAAGAAAAACUACCAGCGCUACCCCAAACCUCCGUACUCCUACCUAGCCAUGAUAGCCAUGGUCAUCCAGAAUUCCCAGGAGAAGAAGCUGACCUUGUCUCAGAUCCUGAAGGAGAUCAGCACCCUCUUCCCGUUCUUCAAGGGGAAUUACAAGGGCUGGCGGGACUCUGUGCGGCACAACCUCUCCUCCUACGACUGCUUCGUCAAGGUCCUGAAGGAUCCUGGCAAGCCCCAGGGGAAAGGAAACUUCUGGGCAGUGGAUGUGUCGCGCGUCCCCUUGGAUCUGCUGAAGCGGCAGAACACGGCGGUGUCACGACAGGAGGAGACUGUCUUCGCGCAGGACCUGGCACCCUACAUCUUGCAAGGGCGGCCCUGCGGACAGGAUCAGCUCCAGCUCGGGGACUCCACUCCCCCCAGCGAGCCGGCCCCCGCCACCCGCCUCGUCUCCGAAGACCCGUGCCGCCCCAAACUGGACUCGUCCUUCGCCAUCGACUCCCUGCUCCACAGCUUCAAGCCUGGUGCUGGAGAGAAGCUGGGUGAACACUGCAAGCAGGGGGAACAGAGACUCCCGGAGCAGGGGGGCUGGGAGCCGAGACCCUUCUUCCACGACUCUGAGCCCUUCCCCCGGCCUCAGUCCAGCAUGGGCUACUCCUCCUCUGAGUCCCGCGGCCUCUGUUACUCCUCACGGAGCACUUCCGGCAGCUCGGUCAGCCCUGCUUCCUCCUCAUCUUCCUUGGAAGACUCUAGCUGGAGGAGCGGGCUGAUGGCACACAAGCGCCCCAGGCCGCUACCAGCGGGUGGAGAGGGGUCCGAUUCGGAUAGCUACGAGGACUGUCCCACGCCUCUGAAGUCAGCUAAGAGGACCUCCGCCCCAUGGGAGCUGCCUACAUCCUACACCAAAUACGCACCUCCCAAUGCUGUGGCUCCUCCCAGCAUGCGCUUCCCCAGCAGCCCUUUUGUGCAGCUGGGGGGCCUGCCCUUCUACAACUACCGGCCCUCUCCUGCUGCAGCCUACGUGGGCCCUGCUUACUGGUCCUUCCUGCCCAGACCUGAUGUCCCUCUGCAGGCCUGCCACCACCGGCAGCCCCCUGUCCUCAUGGAUCUAGAUCACCUCCUCCAGUCUGUGCCCCCCAACAAGAGUGUGUAUGAUGCACUGGUGCCUGAGAUGCCUGCCCCUCCACCAGGGCAGUACAUAGUCCAGAACUCUGGGGGUAUUGGGCGGUACCCCCCUUACUGA